ACCUCGAUAACUGAUCUCCCGCAAUCACACCACAUUUCUCUCUCUCUCUCUCUCUCUCUUACUCUCUCUUAUAAUAUCAACGCACACCAGCAAAAACAGAGAAACCCUUGAUUGAUCCGAGAGAAGUGAGAAGAGAAUCAGAGCUCCAAAGACGACCCAAGAACCUCGAACAUGGUCGAAACCAGGCGCAGCGCCUCUGCCAACAAGAGGCCCCUCUCUUCGCCUCAGAAUUCGUCUUCUUCCGGGAGCAAACGCUCCAAGGUUGCGGAGGGUAAUCUGCCUGAUAAAGCUGAUUUGGGGGCGAAAUCCGGGUCGGAAUCUCGAGAUUUCGGGCUUAGAUCCUCUGAUCGGCGGAGCUCGGAUGCGGAGAAGGCUGCCGAUGCAUGCGAAGUGGAGAAAUCGCCGCCGCAGCCGUCAGGUGAAAUUGCAAUUGGUGAGAAACAAAACUGGCAAAAGAAAAAGUCUUCAAAGCUUACAAAGAAACCUAAGUCUGCGUGGGGACAGCUUCUUUCACAGUGCAGUCAGAAUCCCAACUUGCUGAUGCGGGAUAGCCUUUUCACUGUUGGUCAUGGCAGCCAGUGCAAUUUGUGCCUUGCAGAUCCAUCUAUUAGCUCGGUGUUGUGUAGACUUAGACAUAUUGUGCGUGGAGGUUCAUCAGCGACUCUCCUUGAAAUUACUGGGGGUAAAGGUUCUGUCCAAGUAAAUGGAAAGAUUUAUUCCCGGAAUUCGACUGUUCUCUUAUGUGGUGGUGAUGAGGUUGUUUUUAUGGAGUCAGGCAACCAUUCUUAUGUAUUUCAGCAGUUUGAUGAUAAUGUAGCCGAUGUAGGCAUUCCAUCAGAAUGUAUUUUGGAAGCUCAAGGUGCUUCGAUGAAGGGGUUACAUAUUGAAUCAAGAUCUGAGGGCCCCUCAGCUGUUUCAGGAGCAUCAAUGUUAUCCUUGACUGAUUCACCAGAAGACUUGUCCCUCCUUCCACCUCCUGGAAAAAGUAGUCCAGAUGUGCAACGCGAUACGGGAAUUGCCAUUGUCCCUUCUGUAGGUGAUAUAUCAGAUAAUCAAAACGGAGAAGUUGAAAUAAGAGAUAGUUCUAAUAACGAUGAUGUGAGAGAUGUUUCCACGAGGGAAAAAAGUGUUUCUCCAUCUGCUGAACGCAAUGAUGAAAAUGCAAAUUUAGAUGGUGUUGGCUUUGAUAGUAGGGGUGCAGGGGAUGAUAAGGUGCCUGGGGCAGCCUAUGAAUUAAGGCCAUUGUUGCGAAUGCUUGCGGGCUCCUCCUCCAACUUUGACUUAACCGGCAGCAUUUCCAAAAUGCUUGAAGAUCGACGUGAAAUAAGAAGAAAACUACUCAGAAAUGGUGACCCUUCACUUUUGAAAAAUAACGAUAUUUCAUCUGAUUCAAGAACAGAUUGGCGGAAGGCAUUUAGAGAAAGUUUAGAACAAGCCGUGAGUAAUCCUGAUAAUAUUGAAGUCUCUUUUGAGAAUUUCCCAUAUUACUUGAGUGACACAACAAAGAAUGUUUUGAUUGCUUCUACCCAUUUACGGUUGAAGUGCAGUGAGUUUGUGAAAUAUUCUAAGGACCUUCCAACUCUAUGCCCCCGUAUAUUGUUAUCGGGUCCUGCUGGCUCAGAAAUAUAUCAAGAAACGCUGACAAAAGCGCUUGCUAAGCAUUUUGGUGCUAGACUACUGAUUGUCGAUUCUCUGCUGUUGCCUGGUGAUUUAAUGCCUAAAGAUGUUGAUUCACUGAAAGAAUGUGUGAAGUCUGAAAAAACAUCCCUUCAUGCCAAGCGGACUGGACAUUCUUUUGCAGUACAUCAUAGAAAACCAACCUCAAGUGUUGAGGCUGAUAUUACUGGAGGAUCUAUUGUUGGUUCACGUGCUCAGACAAAGCAGGAAGUGUCCACUGCAACAUCGAAAACCUAUAAGUUCAAAAAAGGGGAUAGAGUGAGAUUUGUGGGGUCUGCUGGGCUCUCUGCUUUGCAGCCGUUGAGGGGUCCAUCUGAUGGUUAUCGAGGUAAAGUAGUUCUUGCAUUUGAAGAAAAUGAAAAUGAUGCAGCAAAAGUUGGAGUGAGAUUUGAUAAGCAAAUUCGUGAAGGCAAUAACCUUGGUGGGCAUUGUGAAAAGGACCACGGCUUCUUCUGCUCUGCCAAUUCACUUAGGUUAGAGAGUUCUGGAGGGGAAGAAACUGACAGCCUGGCUAUUGAUGAGAUUUUUGAGGUUGCUUUGAAUGCAAGUAAAAGUUGUCCUUUGGUAAUAUUCGUGAAAGACGUGGAGAAGGCUGUAGUGGCAAGCCAAGAUGCAAGUCUAGUGUUUAGAGGCAAGCUUGAAAAUCUGCCAGCAAAUGUAGUCAUUAUCGGGUCUCAUAUUCAAAUGGACAGCCGGAAGGAAAAGUCCCAUUCCAGUGGGCUAUUGUUAACGAAGUUUGCAGGCAAUCCCACUGCUUUGUUAGACCUGGCGUUCCCGUUAUUCCGGAGGAAUGGCCAUUCUCAUAAAAGACUACACGCAACAGAGAAUAUGGAAAAUGGCAAAAGAAAAAGACUAAGAAGCUUGGCUGAUAGCUUUGGCAGGCUGCAUGAGAGGGGCAAGGAAAACCCCAAAGCGAUGAAGCAACUUACUCGACUUUUCCCAAAUAAGGUGUCAAUCCAGUUACCUCAGGACGAAGUUUUACUCUUGGACUGGAAGCAACAUUUGGAACGAGAUGUUGAAACAAUGAGAGCACAAUCCAACAUUGCUAGCAUUCGUUUGGUUUUGAGUCGAAGCGGAAUGGACUGCCCUGACAUUGAAACUGUGUGCAUUAAUGAUCAAACACUUACGAGUGAAAGCGUGGAGAAAAUAGUUGGCUGGGCCGUAAGUCACCACUUUAUGUGUUCUUCUGAAGCACUUGUCAAAGAUGCUAGACUCGUGAUUUCUAGUGAAAGCAUUAGGUAUGGGAUCAAUAUCUUUCAGGGUAUACAUAAUGAAAGUAAGGGCUCAAAGAAAUCUCUGAAGGAUGUUGUCACUGAGAAUGAGUUUGAAAAGAAGCUUCUUACGGAUGUUAUUCCACCCACCGACAUUGGUGUUUCUUUUGAUGAUAUUGGGGCCCUAGAAAAUGUGAAGGAUACUUUGAAGGAGUUGGUGAUGCUUCCUCUUCAAAGGCCUGAAUUGUUUAGUAAAGGGCAGCUAACAAAGCCGUGCAAAGGAAUAUUGCUAUUCGGGCCUCCUGGUACAGGAAAAACCAUGCUUGCAAAAGCUGUGGCAACUGAGGCAGGCGCAAACUUCAUCAAUAUAUCAAUGUCAAGCAUCACUUCGAAGUGGUUUGGCGAAGGAGAGAAGUAUGUGAAGGCAGUUUUCUCUCUGGCCAGCAAAAUUGCUCCUAGUGUCGUCUUUGUUGAUGAGGUUGAUAGCAUGCUAGGAAGAAGGGAAAAUCCAGGAGAGCAUGAGGCUAUGAGGAAAAUGAAAAAUGAAUUUAUGGUUAACUGGGAUGGUCUACGCACAAAGGAUAAAGAGAGGGUCUUGGUACUUGGUGCCACUAAUAGGCCAUUCGAUCUUGAUGAGGCUGUUAUCAGGAGGUUUCCUAGGAGGUUGAUGGUUAACUUGCCAGAUGCUGCGAACAGGGAAAGAAUUCUUAGGGUCAUACUGGCCAAAGAAGAAUUGGGCUCUGACAUCGACUUGGAAGCAGUUGCAAAUAUGACAGAAGGGUAUUCUGGAAGCGAUCUAAAGAAUCUUUGUGUGAGCGCUGCGCAUUGUCCUAUCAGAGAAAUUUUGGAUAAGGAAAAGAAGGAGAAAACCUUAGCUGUGGCUGAAAACAGACCUGUACCUUCAUUGUACAGUGGUACAGACAUCCGUCCCCUGAAGAUGGAUGACUUCAGAUAUGCACAUGAGCAGGUGUGUGCCAGCGUUUCAUCGGACUCUACAAACAUGAGCGAGUUAGUCCAGUGGAAUGAUUUGUACGGCGAAGGUGGAACGAGAAAAAGGACAUCUCUCAGCUACUUCAUGUAGUGGAGGUAUAUAUGUACAGCAAUUUGUUUAGCUUAUAUUUUGCUGUCGACAAAGAUUAAGCGGCAUUUGUUAGAGAUCAAUAUGGAUGGGUUUGCCAUCAACGCUUCCAAGCCCCGCCCAUUGUUAAUAUGAUACUAUAGGUCUUCUCUUCGUAAUUUAUUUUGUAAUUCAGGAAUCAUAAAGAUAUCGAUCUUGAGUGGAUAGUUGAUGAAAGCUUUCAUGACCCUAGGCCCUCCUUGUACAGACUCAUUGAUCCAUCAAUAAAUCACCAUUAAACCCUCUCUCACAA